CCGAAAAGCCACCAGCCUAACUAUGGGUGCCACCGACAACCUCUAUCAUCCCUUCUUCUUUCUUUGCCUUUCAACAGUCUUACUAGCAUAUCCCCUGGUCAAAGCCUUAGUCAAACAUCUUCGUGGUGGCAGAGUUGAAAGUCUCCCUAGUCCGCCGACUCUUCCCGUCAUCGGCCACCUCCACCUCAUCGGCAAAGUCCUCCCGAAGUCCUUCCAGGCCCUGGCCCAAAAGUACGGCCCACUCAUGAGGAUCCAGCUGGGCUUCUCCACUUGCGUGGUCGCGUCCAGCGAGGCCGUGGCGAAGGAAAUCUUCAAAGCCCAGGACCUCAACUUCUCUUCCAGGCCCGAGUUCGGCUCCUCCGAGCACUUCAUCUACCGCGGCUCCAGAUUCGUGACCGCCCAGUACGGCGACUACUGGCGCUUCAUGAAGAAGCUAUCCAUGACCAGGCUCCUCUCCGUUCCGCAGCUCCGCCUCUUCGCCGACGUGAUCGACGACGAGAAGGUCCGGCUGGUCAACUCGGUGGCGGGUCGUGCCGCCCAAGGCAGCCUCUGCGACCUGAGCAGGGCGCUCACGACGAUGACCAACAACACCAUCUGCCGGAUGGUGAUGUCCACGCGCUGCUCCGGCACCGACGCCGACGCCGACGAGAUCGAAGGGCUGGUCAAGACUUGUCUGCAGCUCGCCGGGAGGCUUAGCGUGGGUGACAUUUUGGGACCUUUUAAGUUUUUGGAUUUUUCCGGCACCGGGAAGAAGCUUGUGGGGGCGUUGACCAAGUAUGACCGGUUGGUGGAGAGGAUCAUAAAGGAGCACGAAGAGAAGGCGCUGAAAAACGAGACCGGGGCGAGGAUGGACGUUUUGGACAUUUUGUUGGAGACUUACAAUGACCCAAACGCUGAGCUCCAGCUCUCCAAAAAAGACAUCAAGUCCUUCUUGCUCGACAUAUUCUUUGCGGGUACAGACACAACGUCAGCAGCCAUGCAGUGGGCCAUGGGGGAGCUAAUGAACAACCCAACCGCACUCCACAAACUGAGGCACGAAAUCGACACUGUGGUCGGAUCGAGCCGACUCGUCAUGGACUCGGACGUCCCCAACCUCCCUUAUCUCCGAGCCGUGAUUCGAGAAACCCUACGCCUCCACCCUUCGGCGCCCUUGAUCAUCAGAGAGUGCGCCGAGGACUGCACAGUGGAUGGCCACCUGGUGAAAUCCAAGACCCGAGUUCUUGUCAACGUCUAUGCGGUGAUGAGGGACCCCGAGUCGUGGACCAACCCGGACGAGUUCGCCCCGGAGAGGUUCAUGGAGGAAUCCGAGGAGAAGAUUGGGGAGCAUCAGAUGGAGUUCAAGGGUCAAAACUUUCGGUACCUGCCGUUUGGCAGCGGGAGGAGAGGGUGCCCUGGCGCGUCUCUGGCUAUGGUGAUGAUGCAUGCCGCCGUGGGUGCUCUAGUCCAGUGCUUUGACUGGAGAAGCAAGGAUGGGGAGAAGUUGGAUUUGAGCCCUGGACCCGGGUUUGCGGCUGAGAUUGGUCAACCGCUUGAGUGCUAUCCCGUGACACGUAUCAGGCCGUUCUAGAUAAAUUACUAAAGGGGUUUGGUCCAAACUUUUAUUUUGCUUUUUGGUGCUUACGGUUCUGAGAUGAAGCUAGUGGAUAUAAUAUAAGAGUGCUUGUGUCCAAAAGCAGCGACUGGUCUGCUUUGUCUCGUUGUGGGUUUUUCGUACGUAAAAAGUGACCAAUGCAAUAUAAAUAAGGAAAAUUUUACUA